CCUUCCGCCCAAACCAGCCUGACCAGCUCUCCUGGUGCCCGCAGCAGCCCCCCCGGCCCCCACCUGUCGUCCCAACCUCUCCGGGCACCUGCUGCCCAGUUGGGCAGCCCAGCCCCACAAGCAAGAUGGCCUUACAGAGCCAGGGUUUGCCCCCCAGUGGGUGGACCCCAGCAAAUCCAAUGCCCAUGGUCGAGAGCGCCCUCUACCGUCAGCGGCUGGAGGUCAUUGCUGAGAAGCGGCGGCUUCAAGAACAGAUUUGCGGAGCGCGGAGGGAGCUAGAGGAAGAAAAAUUAAGAGUGCAGCGACUAAAGAGGAAGUCCCUUCGGGAGCGAUGGCUGAUGGAUGGGACAGCUGAGGGACCCGAGGGCGCUGAGCCAGAGGCGGAUCCCCAUUCCCCUCAGGGCCAGGCCCAGGCCAGAAUCCAACACUUGGAAGACAGUCUGUUCACACUCCAGUCACAACUCCAGUUACUACAGAGUGCUUCAACAGGUGCCCAGCACAAGACUUCUGCCUGGCCCACCUGGCGACGACAGGUAUCCCGAUCUCUCUCUCAGACUGCCAUGGAGCCAGGCCCUGAAGGCAAGGAAGAUCUUGAAAAACGAGCCUCCCUACCUGUUAUGCCAGCGGUCUCCAUGCCUGAUCCCUCUACCUCAAGGAUCCCCAAGGAGUUGGGGGUAGAGGCAGCCACAACUUCCCAAGCGCCAAAGAAAGAGGAGGUGUCCACAGCAGAUACUAUCGAGGUCAAUGGUCCAUGCCCAGCACCGGUCUCUGGGGAGCAGGAGCUGACCCAGAAUCAGGUGGACACAGCAGAAGACAGGGGUCCAGGUGCUGGGGAUGGGGUGGACGGCUCUAGGGGAACAGUCCUGGGACCAGGCAUAGUAAAGGUGGAGUGGGAUGGGCUGAGGUUCCUAGAGGAAAGUGCCAGGGAGGCCCCCACAUGUACAGAAAGGGGGAAGGUAAAAGAACGGGAGGUUGAAGAGAUAGUCUUAGAGGUGAUAGGGGACCACCAGGUAACAGGAGACCCAGAGCUUCCUGAAUGGAUGACCAAGGACAGGAGAGUCCAGGAGGUGGAGGAAAUGGUUCUGGAGGCAAUGAAGAACCGGUCAAUGAUGCAAGCCCCAGAACUUCCCGAGUGGGUGACCAAAGACAGGGGUAUUGUUGAGGUUGUAUGGGAGGGACUGGGGGGAACUAAUGGCAGUGACAUGGGGGACUCAGAGGGAAUAGCUAGAGAGGAAGCAGCAUCAGGCAGCCCUGCUAGCUCAGAGCUAAAGUCCAAAGAGCAGGGCCCUGGGGGGAGUCCUGAGUUGGGAGACCAAGGAGAGGGCUCCUUCAUCUGGGUGGAAAGGGUACUCAUCACUGAAGACUGGGAGGAGGUACUAGUCGAGGAAUCAGAAGGAACCACCAAGGAAUCAAAAGAAGGUGAGGCAGGGGAAAGCUUGCAGUUGGGGGGAGAGGAGGAAGGGGAGAAAGAACAGCUGGGAGCAGAGAAAGGAGGGGAAGAAAAGCAUUUGGAGACAGAGAAGCUGGAGUUAGAAGGUGAGACUGAGGAAGUCUUUCAGAAGGAUGGAGGGAGAGAAGUACAUGUAGGAGCAGAGGAAGGAAAAGAGGAUGAGGAACAGCUGGGAGUAGAAAAGGAAGGAGAGGGAAAAGAACAGGGGGAGGCAGAGGAGGAAGCAGGGGGAGAGAAACAGCUGGAGGAAGAGGAGGAAGCAGGGGAAGACAAACAGCUUGGAGGAGAAGAGGAAGAAGAGGGAGAACAGCUGAGGUCGAAGGAGGAAGAGGAAAAGGAGGGGGAAGGAGAGGUAGAAAAGGAAAUGCCAGCAGAGAAGGAUCCCGGAGGAGAGAAGGGGACCGACUCUGAGGAGACAGAGGAGCAGAAACAGGAGAUGAAGCAAAUUACCCAGCCUGAGGCAGGACCAGAACCACUGGCUGAAGAGGCCACAUCAGCCCCGGGUGAGCCCCAGGCUCCAGCCCCAUCCCUGGAGCAGCUCCCGGCCCCUGAAUCGGGACCCCCAGAAUGCCAGCCCCUGCUGCAGCCAGCCACUCGCAUCGUGAACCCCGCCAGCCGCCCAGUGCCCACCUAUGCACCUGCCCAACGGGCUGAGCCCCCACCUGACAGCGAGCAGGCCAGUGGCUCCAAGCAGACAUGUCAGUGCUGUAUAAUGAUGUGAGCCAUCCCUCCAGCCAGCUGAGAGACCUUGUGGAAGCAGGGAGGAGCCUGGGGUGUGAGGCUUCCCCCUCCCAUCCUGACCCUGACCCAGUCAAUCUCACAGCUACCUCGCCCUCCCUUCCACCCUGGGCACAGCCACGGGGUGGGGGUGGGGCCACUGCCCAGCGCAGCCGGGAUUCAACACAGGGCCUAGGCACCGGCCACCACACCCUCAGCACAGGCAGGACUCUGGAGGCCCUGCUGCCCUUUCGGCUCUCACCCACUGCCUCAGUGAUCCUGGCCUUUCUCCUUUUCCUCUCCCAGCCCCAUGCCCCCAGUGAUGCCUUAAUACUUGAAAAUAAAAAGGAGAACAGAAUGA